AUGAAGGUUACCGGCGCUAUGGAGCCUGCAGUCCGGUCGAGUCUCCGUGACAGACGCUUUCGAGCGCAGAUAUGGAAGCCCAUCCUGCGCGCCUACACUCUGGGGUAUCUGUCAUCAGUCACUCCCAAACUUGUCGCCUAUAUCCGACGACUCAGAAGUCAGGGCUGGUCCAUCAAACACAACCUCCAAGAGCUUGUUCGUGUUCUAGCCGGGCCUCUGCGGGUCAACAGUUUCCCAACGUUCUGCGCCGCGUUCGUUGGCGGAUCAACCUUAGUGCCGGUAUUACUCUAUCGGAUAUACGCAUCGAUCGCAAUCGAUCUCUCUAGAGGAGACAUCCAGGUUUCCCAACGGUUGGAUCGACAGAUUCGAUUUGCCACUGCUUUCUUAUCGGCUUGGUUCAGUUUCGGACUUUUAAAUAAGAAUCGCGCCACCUCACGACAUAUUUCUGAAUUCAGAAGGGCCUCAUCGGCCCAAGACCCUGGCAAAGAGCUGGCCAAUCCGCUCGACCGUCCUCACCCGGAGUUGGUGGGGCGGACGAUGGAUCUCACCCUAUUCACUGCCACGAGAGCCGUGGACGUGCUAGCAUGUAUGGCGUGGAGCCGUUGGUCUCGCCGUCGUAAGGCCCAGCACCGCUGGACUAUCGCGGAGUCCUUCGCUCCUGGCCUGGCUGAUGCUGGAGUCUUUGCGAUGAGUGCAGCUGUGGUUAUGUGGGCAUGGUUUUAUCUCCCCGAAAGAUUGCCCCGAACUUACGAGAAAUGGAUCGGAGAGAUCGCCAGAGUGGACACACGGUUAAUCGAGGCCCUGCGUCGCGCUCGUCGAGGGGUCUUUGUAUACGGGAAGGACACCGGGCAGGCACCACUUUUGGAAUCCAUGUGCAGGGACUUUGGCUGGCCCGUGGAAUGGGGUGAUCCAGCGAUGACAGUCCCCAUUCCAUGCGAAAUGGUACACAUGGGCUGCGGUCCUAAUUGCGAGAGACACGCGGUGUCCCGUUUUGCGAGAACCUUCAAGGUGGCCUGUGCGACGUAUAUCCCACUGCAGAUUGUUCUGCGCCUGCGGGGAAUGAAGAAUCUGGCCGUACUUCGCCGCGCAAUCUCGGAAGCUGUCCGGUCAUCUGCAUUUCUUGCUUCUUUCGUCAGUCUAUUCUACUACGCUGUCUGCUUGGCUCGGACGCGAAUUGGCCCUAAGAUUUUCGACCAAAAGACAGUCACGCCGCUGAUGUGGGACUCUGGUCUCUGCGUCGGAGCAGGAUGUCUCAUGUGUGGAUGGAGUGUCUUAGUCGAGCAGGCGCGGAAGAGACAGGAGUUGGCGCUAUUUGUGGCACCCAGGGCUGCGGCCACGGUGUUGCCACGGUUGUAUGAUAAAAAGUAUCAAUACCGUGAGCGCGUUGCAUUUGCGGUCAGUGCUGCUAUUCUUCUCACUUGUCUUCGCGAACGACCCCACAUGGUUCGAGGUGUGUUUGGCCGCAUCACGGCAAGCGUGGUAAACUAG